UUCCCGGCGCUCAGGCAGGCCGGCCUCCGCUGCAGCUGCGCCGCACUCGCACCAUGCAGAGCCUGGCCAUGGACCUGCGGGUGCUGUCCCGGGAGCUGGCGCUCUACCUGGAGCACCAGGUCCGCGUCGGCUUCUUCGGCUCGGGCAUGGGCUUGUCGCUGAUCCUGGGCUUCAGCGUCGCCUACGCCUGCUACUACCUGAGCAGCAUUGCCAAGAAACCCCAGUUAGUGACUGGAGGGGAGAGUUUCAGCCGCUUCCUCCAGGACCACUGUCCGGUGGUGACAGAAACCUAUUACCCCACGGUAUGGUGCUGGGAGAGCCGAGGACAGACACUGCUGAGACCCUUCAUCACUGCCAAGCCCCUGGUGCAGUACAGGAAUGAACUCAUCAAGACAGCGGAUGGAGGCCAGAUCUCCCUGGACUGGUCUGAUAACAAUAACAGCUCAUGUUAUACGGAUGCCAAUACCAGACCCACCAUCCUGCUGUUGCCUGGCCUCACUGGAACAAGCAAGGAAUCCUACAUCCUGCACAUGAUCCAACUCAGUGAAGAUUUAGGGUACAGGUGUGUGGUUUUUAAUAACAGAGGAGUGGCAGGAGAGAAUCUCCUGACACCACGGACUUACUGCUGCGCGAACACUGAGGACUUGGAGACAGUCAUCCACCAUGUCCACAGCCUGUACCCUUUGGCCCCAUUGCUGGCAGCAGGCGUGUCAAUGGGAGGAAUGCUGCUUCUAAAUUACCUGGGCAAAAUUGGGUCCAAAACCCCUCUGAUGGCAGCUGCAACAUUCUCAGUUGGCUGGAAUACUUUCGCUUGCUCAGAGUCGUUGGAAAAACCGCUAAACUGGCUGCUGUUUAAUUACUACUUGACAACUUGUCUCCAGUCUUCAGUUAAAAAGCACCAGCAUAUGUUUGUCAAACAGAUCGACAUGGACCAGGUCAUGAAGGCUAAGUCUAUUAGAGAGUUUGAUAAACGAUUCACCUCAGUCAUGUUUGGAUACCGAACAAUUGAUGAUUAUUACACCGACGCCAGUCCAAACCGCAGACUGAAGUCCGUGGGAAUCCCGGUGUUGUGCCUGAAUGCCGCGGAUGAUGUCUUCUCACCCAGCCAUGCUAUCCCAGUAGAAACUGCUAAGCAAAACCCUAAUGUCGCUUUGGUCCUUACUUCUUAUGGAGGCCACAUUGGUUUUCUGGAGGGAAUCUGGCCUAGGCAAUGCACUUACAUGGAUCGAGUCUUCAAGCAAUUUAUGCAAGCCAUGGUCGAACAUGGACAUGAACUCAACAACAUGUAGUUCCUUGGGUACAUUAAGUCUGAGCCACCAUUAUUGGAUCACCUCAGCUCAGUGCACAUGUCAACUCCUGAGUGUGAGGCUGGCAAGCCAGCAGAUGGUGAGGAGGUCCAGUGCUGUGGGAAACAAAACAACUUUGUAGCAAGAACUAAAGCUAGUGUAG